AUGAGUCGACAACCGAACCCAUUCAACAACGCGAACUUCUGGGACUUUCUUCAGCACUUUGACCCCAACGAAGCAACUGGCCGUGGAGUAGAUCACCAGACUGAGACUCCAUUCCCCUCUUUCAUGGCUGGUUUCCCCUUCGGUUCGCCAGCUGGCCCUCACCCUCCUCACCCCCAUGGACAUGGACAUGGCCCCCGAGGACCUCCUCCCCCUCCCGAGGCUGAUGGCUUUGUCUGGGGUCCUUGGUUCUCUGGUGAGGGUGCUCCCGAUAGCCGAACCCACAACGAGCAACGUCAGCAAGCAAACGAGACUCAGCGAGCUACCAGCAGUGAAAGUCAUGAGUCUGACGAGACCUUGAAUGUCCCUGACCCCGAAGAAGUUACUCCUGAGGAGAAUCAGUGCGGAGGUCGUCCUGAAUGGGCUGGGCGAGGUCGUGGUCGUGGCCGUGGAGGCCCUCGAUGCGGUCGAGGUCGAGGCCGCGGUGGCUUCCCCCAUGGCCCUCACCACGGUCCUCACCAUGGCCCUCCUCCUCCUCCCUACGCUGGACCUUUUGACCUUCCUGCUCUGUUCCGCGGAUGGGGCAGUCACCCUUUCUUUCGCAACAUGCGUGAGCAGUUCCAAGAGAACCAGAAGCAAGAGCAAAACACAAACGACUCAUCCGACUCCUCUUUCAACCCACCUAUCGACGUCUUCAACACCGAGAAGUCGUAUGUUAUCCACGUCGCCCUUCCCGGCGCAAAGAAGGAGGACAUUGGCGUGAACUGGGACGCCGACCGCAAACUUCUUAAGAUCGCCGGUGUUGUUCACCGCCCUGGUGAUGAGGCCUUCCUCAGCACUCUCAGCUCUAGCGAGCGCAAGGUCGGCAUGUUUGAACGUACCGUGGCUCUGCCACCCGUGGGAGCAGAUGAGCGCGACGAGGUUGACGGUCUGGGUAUCACCGCCAAGAUGGAGGACGGUGUCCUAGCCAUCACUGUGCCCAAAGCUGAGAAAGAGUGGACUGAGAUUCACAAGAUCGAUAUUGAGUAA